CAGCAAACUGUUAGAUUGUGGGUUUAAACCCUGCUAUAUAUUAAACAUAUGCAGUUCUUUCUUUUCAGUUUUCCUCUCGAUUGAACGUCUGAGAAUAUAUAUUUACAGGCUACAAAGCUGAAGAACAUCUAAAAUGGCUGAAAAAUCGGUUGCUCUUGAUGCUGUGAUUAAGGAAGCUGUUGAUUUGGAAAAUAUACCUAUAGAAGAAGUUUUUGAUCAUCUCAAAUGUACGAAAGGCGGUUUGAGCUCGGACGCAGUUAAAGCAAGAUUGGAUCUGUUUGGAUACAACAAGCUUGAAGAGAAAAAGGAGAGUAAAGUAUUGAAGUUUUUGGGGUUUAUGUGGAAUCCUCUGUCAUGGGUUAUGGAAGCUGCAGCCAUCAUGGCCAUUGCUCUUGCACAUGGAGGGGGAAAAGGUGCUGACUAUCAUGAUUUUGUUGGUAUUGUGGUGUUACUUGUGAUAAACUCCACCAUCAGUUUCAUAGAGGAAAACAAUGCUGGAAAUGCAGCUGCUGCACUUAUGGCUCGCUUGGCACCAAAAGCCAAGGUCCUGCGCGAUGGGAAGUGGAGUGAGGAAGAUGCUUCCGUGUUGGUUCCCGGAGACAUUGUCAGUAUCAAACUUGGCGAUAUUGUUCCUGCUGAUGCACGUCUUCUCGAAGGAGAUCCUUUGAAGAUUGAUCAGUCUUCUCUUACAGGAGAAUCGCUUCCUGUAACCAAAAAUCCUGGUGAUGGAGUUUACUCAGGUUCAACGUGCAAGCAGGGCGAAAUUGAAGCUGUUGUUAUUGCAACUGGAGUUCACACAUUUUUCGGAAAGGCAGCUCAUCUUGUCGAAAACACUACACAUGUUGGCCAUUUCCAGAAGGUUUUAACAGCAAUUGGAAACUUCUGCAUUUGCUCUAUUGCACUUGGGAUGGUAAUUGAAAUCAUUGUUAUAUAUGGGCUUCAAGAGAGGGGAUACCGUGUUGGCAUAGAUAAUCUACUCGUUUUACUGAUUGGUGGGAUCCCAAUUGCAAUGCCAACUGUUCUUUCUGUCACAAUGGCCAUUGGUUCCCACCGCUUGUCUCAGCAGGGUGCAAUUACAAAGAGAAUGACCGCCAUUGAAGAAAUGGCGGGAAUGGAUGUACUUUGCAGUGACAAAACAGGAACAUUGACGCUUAAUAAGCUUACAGUCGACAAAAACAUGAUCGAGGUUUUUGCCAAAGGUGUUGACAGCGAUAUGGUUGUGCUUAUGGCUGCAAGAGCCGCGAGGUUGGAGAAUCAGGAUGCCAUUGAUUGUGCCAUUGUUUCAAUGCUCGGAGACCCUAAGGAGGCACGCGCUGGAAUCAAAGAAAUUCACUUCCUUCCAUUUAAUCCGACUGACAAACGGACUGCACUUACAUACACAGAUGCUGCUGGUAAAAUGCAUAGAGUCAGCAAAGGUGCAAUAGAGCAGAUUGUCAAUCUGGCACACAAUAAAUCAGAAAUAGAGAAAAGGGUACACGCAAUAGUCGACAAGUUUGCAGAGCGUGGACUUAGAUCCCUUGCAGUUGCUCGCCAGGAAGUUCCUGCUGGCACCAAAGAAAGUCCAGGUGGCCCAUGGGAAUUCGUCGGGAUUCUUCCUCUAUUCGACCCUCCACGCCAUGACAGUGCUGAAACAAUCAGAAGAGCUUUGGAUCUUGGAGUUAGCGUCAAAAUGAUCACCGGUGACCAACUUGCAAUUGGCAAGGAAACUGGAAGGAGGCUCGGAAUGGGCACAAAUAUGUAUCCUUCAUCGGCUCUUCUCGGUGAAGGAAAGAACGAAGCAUCUGCAUCACUUCCGAUUGAUGAGCUCAUUGAGAAAGCUGAUGGUUUUGCCGGAGUAUUCCCCGAGCACAAGUAUGAGAUUGUUAGGAGACUACAAGGCAGAAAGCACAUAUGUGGAAUGACUGGUGAUGGUGUGAAUGAUGCACCUGCCUUGAAGAAAGCUGACAUAGGAAUUGCUGUAGCAGAUUCUACGGAUGCUGCAAGAAGUGCCUCUGACAUAGUUCUUACAGAACCUGGGCUGAGUGUUAUCAUUAGUGCUGUCUUAACAAGUCGUGCAAUCUUCCAGAGGAUGAAAAACUACACGAUAUAUGCAGUUUCUAUCACAAUCCGUAUUGUGCUCGGUUUUAUGUUGCUGACUUGCUUCUGGAAGUUCGACUUUCCUCCUUUCAUGGUUCUUGUCAUUGCUAUCCUUAAUGAUGGUACUAUCAUGACCAUAUCCAAAGACAGAGUCAAGCCUUCUCCACUUCCUGACAGUUGGAAGCUGAGUGAAAUUUUUGCAACUGGCGUUGUUCUUGGUAGUUACAUGGCUCUAACGACCGUCAUUUUCUUCUGGGCGGCAUAUGAGACCAACUUCUUUCCGAAACAUUUUGGUGUCAGGACUUUCAACCAGCACGAAUUUAACAUGUCGGAUAAACAGACAGCCGACAAGCUUCAACAACAAUUAGCCUCAGCAGUAUACCUUCAAGUCAGCACUAUUAGCCAGGCACUUAUAUUUGUUACGCGUUCCAGAGGCUGGUCGUUCACAGAACGUCCCGGCCUUCUGCUUGUCGGCGCCUUCAUAGUUGCCCAACUGGUUGCAUCAGUGAUCUCUGCAGAAGCAAACUGGAAAUUUGCUGGAAUCAAAAGCAUAGGUUGGGGAUGGACCGGUGUGAUAUGGCUGUUCAACAUUGUGACAUAUGUAUUUCUUGAUCCAAUCAAAUUCGCAGUGCGGUAUGGUCUCAGUGGAAAAGCUUGGGGUCUGGUGGUAGACCAAAGGACUGCUUUCACAAGCAAAAAGGAUUUCGGGAGGGAAGCUCGAGAAGCAGCAUGGGCAGCUGAGCAGAGAACACUUCAUGGGCUGCAAUCUGCUGAUACAAGAGGGUUUUCUGAAAAGAACAGUAAUUUUAAAGAAAUCAGUGUCAUGGCAGAAGAAGCUAAAAGGCGUGCAGAGAUUGCUAGGAUGAGGGAGCUUCGCACCCUGAAGGGAAAGGUGGAGUCUUUUGCCAAGUUAAGAGGGUUGGAUAUAGAUGCCAUGAACCAGCAUUACACACUCUAAUCUAUAUAUGUUUCUUCCAAAAUCCUAAUUUUUUUCUGUGCUUUCUAUCUACAAGUUCAUCAGAUUGAUACUGUAUUCAUUAGAAUUU